CAGUUUGGUGUAGACUUUCAAGAUGGAUGCUUUUGCGUCGAUAGGUUUCUGUUUCUUUUUCGAAACGGGCUCUACAUGCGGCGAUCCCCCCCACGCGAACACUGAGGAUAUUUAUUCACAUUAACGGAUUUACCACCCGUGAAACGAUAAAAGUGGAUUUUAGUGGAUAUUUUUGUGCCUACGUGUUCGGACUGUCGCUUAUUUUGUAACUUCCUGGUUGUCGCAUUAAUAUAUCUGUUGAAACUGCGGCGAGAGCUCAAGUUACUAAAGGUUGUCUGGACCCAGGAUACAUGGAAUUUUAUUAUUCUGUUAUGUUUAAAACCAGACACAGCUGUUUCCACGGAUGGGCAAAGGGAAAACGACAGAUUUCAUAAGUGCUCAGCAAUGGAAAGUGGAAAUGGUGGUGCCUCGAGUAAAGGUGUUUUAGUACCUGUCUCAGAAACUUCUGUCGUCUUUCAAAACAACAUUUUGGCUCCACUCAAAAGUGCGUACUUGUAUGAGGAGUCAAAGCAGUCUUUCAGAUACAAGUCUGCUGUCCUGGUACAGAAUCCAGCACUGGAAGAAAAGUAUUAUGCUUUCCGAGAAAAUAGAAGACAAGCAGGAUACUCAGAGGAGGACCUGAAGGAGUCCUAUGGGUUUUUGCUGUUUGAUGAUGUCAACAAGGCUAAUGCGCUUGGAGAAACCGGUGUGCUUACUGGAAACAGCACAUGUACGACGCUGGGAGAUCCUUCAAAUGGUGUUUACAUAUCAAUGUACUCUGACUGUUUGGAUCAAAAUCGCUGGUAUCAUGGAAAAUCUGGAUACAUUGCCAUCAUCAGGCUGACAAAGGGUAGAGUUAAAAAGGUUAUAGAGAACUACACCCAGAAUUUCACUGUGCCCACUGUGGGGUUUGACUGUCACGUGUCAGAACAGUUGCCUUCAGUGUCUGCCAAUACCAGCUCCUUUCUUGCCUUCGAGAGAACCCAGUAUUACAUGUAUGAGCGGCUAGAUAAUGAAAGCAAGGCAACGACUCAGUCUCCCAGCGCUGCCUGUCCUUUUGCCAUUGUAUCAUUUUCAUAUACGGAUACCAAAGCAACUUUUGCUGCACCACAGGAGAAAAGUGAGAAGAAAAAACUUGUUCUUCAUUACUUCCCGUGGAAGGGUCAGCUUCAAAUAGGCACCCUGUUCUAUGAUGUUGGGCUGAGGUCUACAGCAGGGGCCUUGAUCCCUGCAGAACUGCCACCAGUGGUGAAAAUUGACAGAGCCAUUUCCAUGGUAGAUCUGAGAAAGCUGUUGCCAAGGGCUGUCUUUGAAACCUGCUACUCUGGUGAAGUCUUUCUGGACGGCUUGUACUGCACCCUGUGUGAGCUGGUUUCUUUCGAGGCAGAAGAAACCAAAUCACUCUCUCUGCUUCUGCGGGAGAUCAAGGAGAAAGAUCUUGCUCUCACCAUUCAGCUGAAUGAUGGUGGUUUUCUUAUUCUGUUGCACUCAUCCCAUUUCCUCAAAUAUGAUGAUACUGGGUCCAGUACUGAUGUCCUGCAAGGCAUGUUUGUGUUUCCAGUCUCACAAGUUAUACAAAGAGGCACAAAAUCUGAACAGAAAAGGCCUGCCAUGUCAUCUGAAAUCCUGCGGGUUCUACCAGUACUAAGUUAUGCAGAGGGUGAGGUUGAGAAAAACCCCAUUUAUCCAGAUGAAGAGCUGUGUGAAGUCUUGGCGCAGCAUAUGCAGAGUUACGCAGCUCUGAUAAAUCCUGGGUUGGCAAGUCCCUCAAGGGAAAUCAGCAUCUUUCCAGAUCAGUAUGAUGUGCUGGAUGCUCACAAGCACCUCUAUUCUUCCCCAGAGUGGACUAACAGGGCAUGGCAGAGCUUCAGGUCAUACCUGAGCAAGCCAGUCUCUUUUCAACUGCCAGUGUCAAAGGCUUCUGAAAUCCUGGCAGCUGGGCAAGAGGAGCGAAUCGAAGACCUUGAUGAUGAUGUCUACAUCUGUCUGUCGUCUCCUGAGGAGGCACCAGCCAAUCCUGUUAGUAUGGAGUUAGAAGACAAGCUGACAGGUCAGAGAUCUCCGGUAAACAUUGAAACAUCAGUGGACAGUGUUAUAACAAGUGCUGAGGCACAAGAAGACAUCACACCUGUGUCCAAGAAUGUUAUACCAGAUGAUUUGCAAGAUGGUGCAAUAUCUGUGGACAAUGGUAUAACAAGUGCUGAAGCACAAGUAGACGUAACACCUUUGCCCCAGAAUGUUAUACCAGAUGAUUUGCAAGAUGGUACAACAUCUGUGGACAGGGAUAUAACAAGUGCUGAAGCACAAAAAGACUUAACACCUGCACCUCAGAAUGUUGUACCAGAUGAUUUGCAAGCUGGAGAUGUUACAAAAGACACUGGCAAAUCUGAUCUGACUGUGCUGAUCACAACGGAUAAGGGGGCAAGAAAUCUUCUGACUCCCCCUACAUCAGAUGACCUUCCUGCAGAGCUGAUUGUCAGCAUCACUUCGGCAGAACGAACUGUCACUGAUGAGAGUAUAAGUAUGAUCAGUACGGUGUCUGCAACAAAGCAUAAUGACUUUCAGCUUUCUGGUUUUCCAGCGGCCAAAUUGCAAACGGCAGAAGUGAACUCUCUGAAUGAUGACACUGUUACAACCAAAAAGGUUUUGGACUGCCCUGAGGUCACCAAUCUCACAAAAACAAAACGGAGGAAAUUACGCAGGGGUUAUUACAGAGGUCGGAAGAAAGUAUCAAAAGUUUGCCUUGAGACUCCCAGUUUGAAAAAAUUCAAAACACCAGUGGAGUAUGACAACUUGAACAGUCAGUUGGAAGGCCAGGCCAAGGAAUCAUCAGCCCAACAAGAGUUGAGUAAUCCCUCAGAUAUUGGUAGAAGGAAAAUACAAAGGGGAAGGCGCAUAUUUGGAAAAUCAUUGUCAAAAAAUGUUGGUUUAGCAGUACCAGAGGAGAAAGAAUCUGGCGUGGGAAAGCAGACUUUGGAAAACACCAUUUUAAUGGAACUUGCAGCUUGUCCUCUGAGAAAAAAAAUGGAACGCUGGGACUUGAAACCGAUCAUCAGUGAAUGUGGAAGAAUCUUGGUUCCCCAUGGUUCUGCAGAUAUUGCUGAUCAAAUUAAGUCUUUAAAGGAUAAGCUUCAGCCUAAAAAAGAUGAAGAGUGCCAAAGUAAAAUGUCGAUCAGUGCUUCAGAGAAUGCUCAUUGCGCAGUCGAAAUGGAGUACAAGUCUAGCACAGCUCCAGAGACAGCAGUGGAUGAAACAGAGGCCACAACUUCUAAGGAUAGAGGGAACUGUCUUCAAAAUGUCAGUGAUGUCAAUUCUGAACACAGCAUUGUGAGACCGUCAGAUGAUGGCAAUGGUUCAUUGACUUUGAAUCAAGAGAGUAGUGUGCAUUCUUCAAAGACUGAUGGCACAUCAACUCCUUCCUCAGAAGCAGUUCAGGAAAAACGCACUGAUACCCUCUCCCCAGCAAAGUGUGCUACAAAAGGUGAAUUUCUGUUAAGUAAAUUAAAAUCAGUUCUUCUAAGAGGAAAGAGAAAAACUGAUAACCUUGCAUCAGAGGAAAGACCUGCAGAUACUGCCAAAGACACCGAGCCUUGUCUGAAGAAGGGCAAAAUUGACUCAGAUACUGGGAUGCUGAAGACUAAUUAUGCAAUUACAAGUGUCCAGGAUACCAAUGUGUAUGUCAAGGAAGUUUCAAAGAUGCUGUCUGUUGACCCUCUUUUUGCAUAUGCCCUUGGCCUUACCCCUAAAGCGACACCAGAUAGAAUACAGAAAACUGAAGGUCAGGACACUCAACAAAGGAAAGACUCGUCAGAUACACAAGAACAAACCAUUCUAGACAAACAACCUCAAAUCAUACAAAGGCCUCCUUCAAUCUUUCCAAGAAGGGGAAGGAUUAAAAUGCUAAAAAAGCAUCAAGGCAUCUCUACAGAAUAUGUUAGAAAGAAAUGGUGGUUGCAUUUUCAAACCCCAGCUUGUUUUGCCAGUGAAAAACUCAAAUACAAAGAGUGUACUAGGGAUAAUUCUAUCAGGAAGACUGAUAAGGAAAAAAUGAACAGUGCUUGCUCAUCUACAGAUGCUUUGAACUUACUUGCUGACUUGGCACUCAGUGCCAGUAAUGACCAGGUUCCACCACAACCAGACCCAGCACUUGAGAGAAAACCUGAGACAAGUUUGAAGAAAAGUGACCUUACAAACGAUGUUACCAGUGCUGAACAAGAGUCAGUCCUUCAUGCUCUGCUUAGACAGCCUGCUGCUAGACCCAUGCAGCCUCUUGAGUCUCCUUCACCAAGCCAUCUUAUGGGAGGCAGUGAAUUGGUUGGUUUGAUAUCUAAAGAACAUGCUUACUCAUUGCCCCCAUCUUCCUCUCUACUGUUGGGUUUGCCAGGUACACCAUUCCAGGUAUCCCCUUUAAGUGGUUCUACGAGACUGCUGCACCAUCACCAGACAAUGUAUGGCGAUGGAAUUAAUACACUACACCCCUCUAUCAGCCAGGAUGAUAGAAGUGAACAAAACCACAGGACUCCAGAAUACCUGAAAAGACACAUGGGGCACAGAAGAAAGUUCAGACAAUCCCGUACCUUUGUUAGCAAGGAUGGAUCUAUCCAAGUCACAAAGCAGUGGAAAGAAAACUAUGACUUUAAUCUAGACAGCAAGUUUACAAGUGACUCAAAGGAUAAAACCAUUGUCCGAGCCUUGCAUGGCCCAUGGGAUUUCUCAAUGCAGGACACCAGUGAAGAGGUCCGGCUUAUCGUCCACAUGUGGAUAGGUCUGUUCUACAGCAGGUCAACAGCCAGACUCUUUCAUGUUGACUCGAACUCAUGUUCAGAAGAGAGAGAUUCUUUGGAAUUGUCCAAUGGAAUGGUAUCAGCCCCGGCUCAGUCUGAGCUCAAGGCCAGUUCGUUUGCUCCUUUCCCGAGUGUAACAGACACUUCAGACCCUUCAUUUUCAAAAGCUUUGGACCUCAGCAAAAAGGAUGACUCUGUCUUGGACCAAGGACCUCUAAUUUUAGACUUGUCAAUGAAAAACUCCAAGGCAGAGAUUGUCACUUCAGAUCCACAAGUCAACAGAAAAGACAAUUCUGUGUCCGGUGAUGGGAAAGAAGCUAGUGAAACGUUGAACACACCCAAGUCAUCUGUGGGACUACAGGAGGCAAGCACAAUGCAGUGUUACAAAAAGAUGGUGCACUCUACAGAGAUUAUCAGUGAGGGGAAUGAUGUCAGAAGCACCUUUGAGGAUAAGAGGACUUGUACCCCUUCUCAAAAAGCUGGGAGUUUGGACGAUACAGAUGUACCAUCUUGUAAAGGAACAUUCAUUCUUGAACAAGAGGAAAUUAAAAGUGCAUCCAGUCAGCAAGAAAAUAAUCAGACAGGCCCAGGAAGUGGCCACAUGUCAUGUGAAUGCAACGAUAAGCCUGUUGGAAUUGAAAAUUCAGAACAUACAGCUAAAAGCAUAGUGCAGAAACAAGAAAGGAAUUCAUCUAAAUCUGUGACAGAUGAAGAAGUAGACUCCAAAAAGGAAGCAGAUGAUGUGGUCCAUGCUGUUGAGCAUGAUAAAAUUGAUUCCAAAGAGGGUGAAAACUUGGAAGUGAAAGAAAAGCCAUGGCAAGAAGACAAUGUAGAAUCUUCUGCAACAGUUGUUGAUACAGGUGAUGAUUCAACAAACACAGAAUCCGGUGUACUCUGCAAUGGUCCUCUGGAAAAUGAGAAGCAGUUAUCUCAGGAGAAACCUACAGCAGUUUCCCCAGGCAAGGUUGAAAAUGUAAAUGAAGAUGAGGAUUGUUCUGAAGUAAACACAGGUAAAGUGAUGGAAGAUGAAGAUCAUCUUGGAAAAGAAGACAGACUUGAUGAGCAAGACAGAUGUGAUUCACCUGCGAAAGCUGACAGUGAUCUGAGUGAUCAACCAGUACCUAUGAUGUGUGAUGGCCCAGACUCAGUAAAGGAUGGCAUCAUAGAGUGUUAUCACAAACCACCAUUGGAUGAGGAACCACCUCAAGUCAACAGCGAAGAAGAUGCUUGCCAUGAUUUACAGUUGAGACAGCUUCGUGCAACCAGCAGUGCGAUGACAGACGAACAAGCCAUUUCAGAAAAAUCUCCCGAAGAAUCCUUAAAAAUGGAGCCUAUUGCUAAAGAAACUGCAGUUGAGGAACAUUUGGAAAAAGAUGUUUGUUUGGCAGAUAAGACAAUUCAAACGGCAGCAUUAGCCAUGUCUGAUGAGAACAACUGUUCAUUAGAUGGCUCUAACUCAGCUGGGCUUAUUCCCCAGACAAAUGACAGUGUUGAAACAGGAAGCCAAAUUAAAGUAAUGGAAAACUUCAGUCUAAGUUGUGAUGACCAUGAAGAUGGGGAUACCCAAUCAUUUGAGGGAGAGGUUGAUAAUGUAACUGAGAAAGAGCUGUUUCAUCAUCAGUCUCAUUCACUUCACAGUGAAGCCAAAGUGACACUAUUUCAAGAAACAGAUCUCAAACAGAUUGACAAAAUAAAUGAUGGAUUGGAAAAGAUCAAUGGUCGGGUUGUAAUUCCAUUUAUUGGAAUAGACACCUCUGAAGACAAUACAGUACAACCACAUGGCUCACCCUCACCAGGCAAGGUUGAAGAAGUUGUUCAGGGCCAGGAAGAAAUACCAUUUAUCAGUGGAACUAACUACCCUGAAACUGUCCUACCCACAGAGGUGUGUGGUACAUCUCAAAUGUACAGUAAAAAGGCAGAAUUACCUGCUGGCAGAAUAUCACUAUCACUUCUUCAUGGAAGUGAAAACAACCAGCUGGUGGUUUCGGAAAAUGAGUAUGACGACCGGUGCUCUACCCCAACUAUGGAUGAGAAACCAUACGAGUACUUACCUUGCUCUGGCCCUAGUGCUAGUGCUUCUGAUUUUAGUGGUGGUGAAACCACUAGAAACAAGGCUCAUAAAUGUCUUGAUAUAGGGCUGACAUCUCAAAAGGAUGAGAUGUUACUUGAGAACAAACUUUGUCACAAGUCUACAGUAAACAGGGAUGCCACGCCUCAUCGCGAUCUUCACCCUGAUCUUGAGCUAAGGACUCUAAGAGUUCUGCAAAGUAUAGACAAGUACCUCCCCAAAUCAAGCCACACUGACAAAACCAGCCAAAUUGAGACAGCUGAUAUGAAACACUCUAUUGAUCAAACCCCUAAUCCUACGAGCAAGUGCAUGCCCCCUUGCUUAGCCCUAAGACACACCUCAGCUGAUGUCAACAACCAGAAAAUAAGCAAUACAAAGCCAGCAAUGGGGGCAGCCCCUACCUCACAAGAACUGCAGACAGAAUCAACAGGUCACUUUCUCAUAUCACCUUUCAAAAGAAACUUAGAGGAAGUACUUGGUGUUAAGUUGCAGUUUAAGAAAACAGACUCAUCAGUUCCUCAACACUAUUUUGAAAGAACAGAUAAAUUACAGGAAGCCUCGGUAGGGCAAGAUUAUUGUCAUCCCUACAGAUCUGUUCCCUCUACUGAGAGUUUGCAAGCUAUUAAACCAAACAUUAUUGACCAAGAUAAGCAUAAGACAACAUCAAAGACCAAUAUAAGUCAUGAACCACAUGCGUACAGUCAGCGUCCUGUCAUGGCAGUAAAACCAUCUAAGAGUGAUGAAAGUCAAGCAGACAGCAUCUCUAUAGACAGACUGAUUGAAAAAGCUGCAAUGUCACAUUUCUCCAGAAAUAAACAGAUUAAAACCCCUGUAGUCACACACACCACACCCACUACAAUGCUCUUGGAGAAAAAGACAGAGAAACACAAGAGAAACUCUGAAAGACUAAAUGAUGACAAGCAAGAGACAAGUGAGCAUUCUUCAAUGAGCAGCUGGUUAUCAAAUGUCAGUGACAGUAAGUCUUACUCAGAUAAAGCUCAAUCUGUAUGUCUAGAUCCUUUCUACCAGCACCAAGGAAGGGGCAAUUCAAAAUUCAACAAAAUGCCUUCAUCAUCUCUCCCAGUGCAGUCUUUUGAAUCUGCAGGAAGUUCCUCUAAACAUGAUGAUGGAAACCAAGGUUUCAUGACCUACAGUUUAGUUGAGAAAUUUGGGCAAACAACUAAAGAGGGCAUUGCAGUGGAUCAAACAGGAUGCUCAGACACAUCGACUUCACGUGCGGAUUACAAAGAUGGUGGCAUGAUGGAUGACAGUCUCCUUCUCGACCCUCAAAGCUCACUCAUGUGUACGGUCUAUAACACCAGCCAGAAGAGACCUUAUUCUUUUCUUGAGCAAGUCUCUCGGAGGUGCCUACAAGAUGACAUCACUGAGGCAUCAAUGGAACAGGAGUGCCUUAUCUUCUCAGAACAAAUGAGACAGCUUUUGAAAAGAAGUAAGAGGGGACUCACCAUGGACACACAUGACAAAUUGCACUUGUCUUGUGCCAGUCCUGUGACUGUGCAGUUUUCUAGUCUAGAAGAGCAGGAGGAUGCAGUGGAACACUUGAACGCACACUUGGAUCCACUGUCAGUUGUUGGACAAAAAAUCAAGGUAGACAUGUCAGACAGGAAAGACCUGACAGACACCACAAAGGAAGAAAAGACUUUUUACUCUAAAAAAACAUCUCAAGGAACAGGGAACCCAAUGAAACAUGCUGGGAUAUCUUGCGUGACCUCAGAGUGUGCCAGGCUGUAUGAGGCAAAGAUGAAUGAUGUUUGUGCUGUCAAAAAGGUUCCAUCCACACCCAAGCACUUCAAGAUGGAUCGAGGUUACCUGAAGACUGAAUCAAGUAACCAUUUUGACUUCUGUCAUCAAAUGAAGAGGGAGAUGGAUGAGAGUUUCCGCAGUAAACUGAAUUCAGUUGUGAAGAAAUCCUGUAAAACAAAGUAUAGAUUCUACAUAUUAGUGACAUCAGAUGAUCCCUUCUUUGAGGAAACGAAGGCACAGUUAGAAGCAGAGGGCCACACAGCUGUACAGCCAUCCGAGUUCUUCCUUAGUGAGGAUAGUGCUUCAUCUCUACUCAUCAUUCUCAGGAAUGAAGACAUUGCAGAGCACAUUUGUGAGGUCCCGCGCUUGCUCGAGCUGAAAAAUACACCAGGUGUGCAGUUUGCUGGAAUUGACGAACCAGAUGAUGUCGUGAAUCUCACCCAUCAGGAGCUGUUCACCAGGGGUGGCUUUAUAAUGUUCGACAGAGCAGCACUGGAGCCCCUCAGCCUAUGCAACAUGCAAAAAAUGGCAGAAAUCUUGAAAGAGCUAAGCAGAACGGGGAAGUGGAAAUGGAUGUUGCACUACAGAGACAGCCGUAGACUGAAGGAAAAUGCAAGGUUGAGUGCAGAGGCAAAAGAGAAGAAGCAGUUCCUUAACUGGUGCCAAGAAGCUGGAAUUAUGGAGGUUAUGCCGUACCAUGAGUGUGACCUCAUGUCAAGAGAUCGGCCUGACUAUCUGACAUGUUUGGUCCGUUUGCAGGUCCAGAACAUAUCAGCCCGUUACCCUGUUUUUAUAACUGAUUCAACAACUGACAGCACGUUCGGAAGGAAUGGAAUUUUAACAAUGACUUUCAGCUCUUUCCUGAUGUGUUCUCCAAGCGAAACAUUUACAGCCUGAGCUGGAAAAGGUCUGAUGGGCACAUUUAAGUUGUGCAAAUUCAAGAACACAACAAUGAAAACACUCACUGAAUGUGAGGAGAAACUAGAGAUUUACCCACAAUUUCAAAAAUACUACAUUUAAAGGAAUACUUCACUCGCAAAUGACCACUUGUGUAACAGUCACUCAUCGUGUUACCUUGACUUUGUGGAGAAAACUGGUCUUCUUGCAUGUCUCCAUCGUGAACGGAGAAUCCAAAAAAGGUUAACAUGCUUCAUGAGUUGAAGUAAACAGGGACCACUUUUAACAACAGCAAGACUAUAUCAAAACAUUUGCUGACAAACUCUCACACAACUUCUGCAUUAUAAUUCAAGUCUCAUUCAUCCUGUCAUUUGCUCAGUGCUCCCCACACAUGCAUAUUCACUAAAUUAUGAUUUAAAACAAGUUAGUACAAACAGUCUCAUUCACGGCCGAGUAGCAUGCCUGGAUAUGCCCAUGCAUUUGAACUCUGAUAUGCACACGUGUGCUCAGGCCAAGAGAAAACCUGCUGUGCUGAAAAAAUGAAGUUUAACGUGCAUGCAAAAAAACUGCAGUUCCUCUAAUGGCCACUUGAGGCUGGCUCCAGAAGCAAGUUAAUCUCCAUCGACCUCCAUGUUAAAAGGCCCAACUUUACAGCAGAAAUAAACAUGUUUACAGCCUGGUAUGGAAACCGUUUUGGUCUACAUAAGUAAUUUCCUCCUUUAUGAUAACUGUACAGGGGUGAUUUUUUUAUAUAACCCCCCAGUUUUCCAUUUUAUUAAGGCUUAAAAUUAUGCAUAAUUAAGGGCUGGCUGCUUUGAGAAAGAGGCUCUCUGCAGAUACGGUCUUUGGCAUCUCCACUCCUCCACAGCUACAGCCUCUCGUCCAAAUACGGUCACUUCUGGCUGCACAAAGCUAAGAUGGCAUCAUCCCAAAUGCCAAACUCAAGGCUUCAAAACAUGAGUCCACAAACCAAUGGGUGAUGUCCAUCCAUUAUUUUAUACAAUCUAUUGCUCAGGCACACUCAGGGGUACUACUUGUGGGUGGAGGUGUUUUAUAUUGUCAUGUUUAAGUGAAAAUACAUGUGUUUGUAAUGUACUGAGCAUAUGGCUGGAUAAUUGAGACUUGGACUAUACUGCACAAGUUAUGUGAUUGUCUGUUAACAGAUGUUUUGAUAUAGUUUUGCUGUUGUUAAAUGCGGUCCCCAUUAACUUCAAUUCAUGAAGAAUGUUCACCAUUAUUGGAUCGUUCGCUCACCGUAGAGGCAUUAGAGAAAAACAGUUUUCUUCACGACUACAAGGUAACGGUGAGUAAUUGAUAUACAAAUGGUCAUUUUGCAGGUUAACAGUUCUUUUAUUUUUCUUGAGUACAUCAGUUCAGCUUUUUUGUAUGAAGCAAUAAUUAUUGAUUUAUUAUUUGACAUGUUUUGUGUUUGUUUCAUUUCUCAACUAAGUUAUCAUUCAGUUAAUGGAUCGUGACAAAAAUGCCAAUAUACAGGCAGGUGUACUGUAUAUACUGUAUGCAUCUUGUAUUAUAUUUUUUAUUGUUUUUUACAGUGUAUAUUUAGUUUUUCUUUUCAGUCCUGAUCUCAAACAUUUGCCGCACAAUCAUUAUUAGUGUUUGUUUUUAGGUAUAAAUUGACACAAUUGCGACAAAGCUAAAUUAGCCUGUUUGUAUAUUUUAUAUAUUUAAGUAUACUACUCUUCGCUGUUUAGGUUGUUGACAGUGAUUCUUAACUCAUGAGUGUUGAAUAGUUGGUGCACAGCAAUGUAACAAACUCAGCACUUGUUUAUGUUUAUAUUUCAUGACUCUGUCAAGAGCAGUUUGACUGAGAAUAAAGUGGUUUCUGUAA